UUGCGACGCCACAGCCCGCAGCUAGUGCUCGCAGAAUUGAACGAGAAAGCACGUGUUUGAUCUAUGACUACUAAUCAAUUACACAAACCGUGUGUGUCUUGUCACCCCACCACAAAAUCUCUAAAGUUGUAUCCCGUAUGUCAAUCAGUCACGUGCGCCACGGUGUUUUCGACCAAGUUGCCACGGCCAACGAGGCUGCCCCCUGCACGUCGCCUCCAGCAGCGUCUCCCUUUCCGCUCCAUCGUGCGACUCUCGGAGCAUUGCAUCGUCACCGCCAUCCCUCAAACUUGCAAACCGAUCGUUUGCGCAGACAUCGAUAGCUCCGCUUGCGUGCAACCGAGAGCGACCGCAAAUGAGCGAGCACUCGCUGCGACCGAUGGAAAAGUACGAGAAACUGAACAAGAUCGGCGAGGGUUCCUACGGCGUCGUCUUCAAGUGUCGAGUGAAGGAGACCGGGCAGGUAGUCGCCAUCAAGAAAUUCGUGGAAAGCGAAGACGAUCCUGUGAUCAGGAAGAUCGCCAUGCGCGAAGUUCGAAUGCUAAAGCAACUGAAGCAUGGCAAUCUGGUAAAUCUAUUGGAAGUGUUCAGACGGAAACGGAAGCUUCAUCUUGUGUUCGAGUUCUGCGAUCACACGGUUCUCAAUGAACUAGAUAAUAGUCCUAGAGGGUUGGAUGGGAAAUAUGUCAAGAGAAUUGUAUGGCAGAUAUUACAAGCGGUUCUAUAUUGUCACUCACAUAAUUGUAUUCAUCGUGAUGUGAAGCCAGAGAAUAUCCUCAUCACGAAGAACGGGAUUAUCAAACUUUGUGACUUCGGAUUUGCUCGAGUCUUAACUGGUCCUGGUGGCGAGUAUACAGACUACGUCGCGACUCGGUGGUACCGAGCACCUGAACUUUUGGUUGGAGACACUCAGUAUGGACCUGCUGUUGACAUAUGGGCAAUCGGAUGUGUAUUUGCCGAGUUAAUCGAUGGUCAAGCAUUACUACCCGGAAAGUCAGACGUCGAUCAAUUAUUUCUCAUUCGAAAGACAAUAGGUGAGUUGAUUGCUCGGCAUCGUCACAUCUUCAGCACGAAUUCACUCUUCAGAGGCGUCACUAUUCCUUUGCCGUCACAUCCGGAGCCGUUGGAAGUCAGGUAUCCGACAGCAUCUCCGGAAACUAUGAGUUUCAUGAAGUGUUGCCUAAGCCAAGAUCCUGCUUGUCGUUCCACAUGCAGUGAGCUUCUAGAUCAUUCAUAUUUCGAUGGAUUUCGUGAAUGGUUUGUGCCAGAACUAGAAAGAUUGAUGGAGAAAGAGAAGGAACGGAGACCUCGGCGGAUAAGAAUGUCAACGAAGCCAUCACAACAUGGGGCAGCAGCAAGUGCUAGCACUGUUCAUCGACUACCACAACUCCCUGAUAGCCACUCUCCACCACAAGAGAGGCGAGAUGAGACUCGAGACAAGAGAAGAACAAAGGAUCAUCUUCCUUCUAUUCCCUUGUAGCUUAUGGAAAUAAAUCAAUUAUCUUGUUUAUGAUUGAAUUAAGAAAUCCUUGUUUCGACGUAAUUCAGUUUGACUUGUUUAUACAAAGACUUUUGAUCACAUGUAACACAGAUAAUACAGACCAGAGCUUCAGAGCAAGCGAUUGUAAAAUGUAAGUAACAUGUAUGCU